AUGGUCGCGCCUUCUCUCCGAUUGCGUCCCACCACCGCCGCCCUCCUCUCGCAAGCGCGGCGAACUACCAAAUUAUACAUUCCGCGAACCCGUCUCGUACAGAACGCGAGAUGGUACGCGCAAAAGUCCCAGGAGCCCAGAGUAGGCACCACAACGCCUGUGCCGGAUGAUGCGAAUCCGCCGAAACCCAAGACACGGCCGCCUUUCUACUUUGAAGCCGGAUAUGCGCUGUUUGCGAAACGACCUUCGAGACCUUUCCCGCCGCCGUUCUUGUCCCUGCCGUCCACGAGCUUCUCGGAGCCGCUGAGUACACACAAUAAGAGCAAGGACCGCAGGCCGAAAGUCAACGGGGAAAUGAUCAGAGGGGUAACGAAUGGCGACGACGCGGUUUUAGUCGGCGACUACUUCAUCGGCGCAAACGACGGCGUGGGGGCUUGGGGUACGCGGGAGAAAGGACAUGCCGCCCUAUGGUCGCGGCUCAUCCUCCACUUCUGGGCCCUCGAGACCGAAAAAGCCGCAUACUCGCCCACCACCGAACCCAAUCCCGUCGCAUACCUGCAAUCUGCAUACGAACUCACAAAACAAGCAACCUCGGAGCCAAACGAGUGGCACGGCACCACGACUGCGUGCGGCGCCCUGCUCAGCUCCGACAACGACAUGCCCGACCACCCGAUUCUCUACGUGACGCAGCUCGGCGACUCGCAAAUCCUCGUGAUACGGCCGAGUACCAAAGAGGUGAUAUUCCGCACAGAAGAGCAGUGGCACUGGUUCGAUUGUCCGCGGCAGCUGGGGACUAAUAGUCCCGACACGCCAAACGACAACGCUAUUGUGGAUCGCGUCGUGCUUCAGGAAGACGAUGUCGUGCUGGCCAUGACCGAUGGCGUGGUUGAUAAUCUGUGGGAGCAUGAGGUGGUUACAAACGUCGUUGAAAGCAUGGAGAAGUGGACUGGUGAUAAGGAUAAAGAUACAGAGCAGCAGACGUAUGCAGACGGCAUGCGGUUUGUUGCGCAGCGGCUCGUCAAUGCGGCGCGGGAAAUUGCCCAGGAUCCGUUUGCUGAGAGCCCGUAUAUGGAGAAAGCGAUCGACGAGGGCCUUUCGAUUGAAGGAGGCAAGCUCGACGAUAUCAGCGUCGUAGCCGCUCAGUGCAGACGACGUGACGGUUGA